UAAUCAUUUAGUCUUCUCCAAAAUUCUUUGCAAGGACCAGGUACUCAUGGCUUCUUCUGCUCUGACUUACUCAAGGAGAUACCAUGUCUUCCCUAACUUCCAUGGCCAAGAUGUUCGUCGAACAUUUCUCAGUCAUUUACACAGAGAAUUUGUCAGCAAAGGGAUCGUGGUAUUCAAAGAUAAGGAGAUCGAAAGAAGUCAUACAAUUGGACAUGAUCUCAUACAAGCUAUUAGAGAAUCGAGGAUCUCGAUCGUUGUGCUCUCCAAGAAUUAUGCUUCUUCUGGUUGGUGCUUAGAUGAGCUUGUGGAAAUCUUCAAGUGUAAAGAAGAUCAAGGCCAGGUUGUGAUGACUGUUUUUUAUGACGUUAACCCAUCUGAUGUUCGGAAACAGAGCGGCAAUUUCGGAAGAGCUUUCGAAACAACUUGUCAGAAAAAAGCAGAGAAAGUGAAACAGAGAUGGACAAAGGCUUUGACUGAUGUGGCUGACAUAGCCGGAGAACACUAUCUAAAUUGGGACGAUGAAGGGAAGAUGGUGGAAAAGAUUGCCUCAGAUGUUUCCAAGAAACUGAAUCUCACAAUAGUCUCAAGAGAUUUUGAGGGCAUGGUUGGAAUGGAAGCACACUUGAGGAAAUUAGACUCUUUGUUGUGCCUCGAGUGCGAUGAAGUGAAGAUGAUUGGAGUUUGGGGUCCUGCGGGUAUUGGUAAGACUACCAUUGCUAGAGCUUUAUUCAACAAACUCUCUAACAAUUUCGGACUUAGUUGCUUUAUGGGUAACCUCGAGGGAGGUCUUAUGAAAAGCAUAAGGGGUGUUGAUGACUAUGCUUCCAAGUUGUGUUUACAAAGCCAAUUUCUGUCCGAAAUGUUGAACCAAAAAGAUAUGAAGAUACGACAUUUAGGUGCAGUAAAAGAAUGGCUACAAGACAAAAAAGUGCUUAUAGUUCUUGAUGGUGUAGAUGAUCUAGAGCAAUUAGUGGUUUUGGCUAACGAGCCUUCCUGGUUUGGUUCGGGAAGUCGGAUCAUUGUCACUACAGAAGAUAAAAAGAUUUUGACGGCACAUGGUAUUAAUAUUAUCUACAAUGUUGAUUUUCCAUACGAAGAAGAAGCUCUUGAAAUCUUCUGCCUGUCUGCCUUCAAACAAAAAUCUCCACAAGAUGGUUUUGAAAAGCUUGCAAAGAAAGCAGCAAAGAUUUGCGGUAAUCUCCCGUUAGGCCUUUGUGUUGUGGGUUCAUCUUUGCGUGGUGUGACCAAAUCCGAGUGGGAGCUUCAGUUAUCUGGGAUUGAAAAUAGUCUUGAUAGGAAAAUUGAGGACGUACUAAGAGUGGGAUAUGACAAAUUGUCAAAGAAACAUCAAGUUAUCUUUCUCCACAUAGCAUGCUUCUUCAACAAUGAGAAUGUUGAUCAUGUGACAGCCAUGCUCGCUGACGGUAACUUGGAUUUCACAAAUGGGCUGAAGAUCCUAGCCGAUAAAUCUCUGGUGCAUAUAUCAACUGAUGGGAAGAUAGUGAUGCAUUAUCUACUCCAACAAAUGGGUAGAGAGGAAGUUGUAAAACAUUCUAACGAGCCGGGGAAACGUCAUUUUCUAGUAGAAGCUCAAGAUAUUCUCAAUGUACUGUCAAACGGAACAGGUACUGAAUCUGUUGUCGGCAUAUCCUUUGAUACGUCCAAGAUCGGUGAAUUGUUUAUACAUCGUAGAGCCUUUGAAAGAAUGCAUAAUCUCCAAUUUUUAAGAGUUUACAGGAGUCAUUCCAAUGAAAAUCUAAGCGUGUGCACAAUAGAGGGCAUGGAUUAUCUACCUCGUCUAGAAGACAUGGAGUUUCUGCCUCGUCUAAGGUUAUUAGAUUGGAAUUCGUACCCAGGAAAAAGUCUUCCUCAAUCACUUCGUCCUGAAUUUCUCAUCAAGCUCAAUAUGCCAUCCGGAAAAUUCGAGAAGCUAUGGGGAGGAAUCCAGCCCCUUGUAAAUCUGAGGAAGGUGAAUUUGAACUUCUGUUUCAAGUUGAAAGAGAUCCCAAAUCUUUCUAGAGCUACUAAUCUUGAGACGUUGACAUUUAUCCAAUGCACGAACCUGGUGAAGUUUCCUUCCUCUAUUGUGAACCUAUACAAACUAACAAUAGUGAGGAUGUGGGGUUGCAACAAUCUACAGGUUGUUCCAACCGACACCAACUUAAAACAUAAUAUUAACCGGAGAUGUACCUCAACAAUAUUGAGAAGUUUUCCAGAUAUUACUAGGAACAUCAAUAAUCUAUGGAUCAGGGGUUCACCAUUUGUUGGUAGAAACCGCAACAGAGACUUCAAGAGACUACCCCAUGUUCCAGAAAGUGUAUGGAAUUAUGAAGACCUAAGCAGAAGUGAUAUGGAGAGGAUACCGGCUUACGUGAGGCCACAUACUUUUAUCAACAAAAACUGUACAAAACAAAGGCCUAAUGUUGUUAGCAGAGAACUCCAGAGAUUAACAACGCAUGUUCCACAACGUUUAAGCAAGCUAGACCUAAGCGGCAGUGGUAUAGAGAGGAUUCCAGAUUACCUCAGCGGUCUCCAUCGGUUAGAAACUCUAAUCUUGGAAAACUGUACAAAACUAAUAUCAGUGGAGGGCCUCCCCAGUUCUCUCAAGUACUUGCAUGCAAACGGUUGUGUUUCACUUGAGAGAGUGAAAUUCUCAAUGCUUUUACAGGAUUCAGAUUCAGUCAGAGAACUCUUUUUCCGUAACUGUUUGAGACUUGAUGAAGAAGCAAGAAGAGAAAUCAUAAAUCAUAGGUUUGCAAAAUAUGUAUGCUUACCCGGUAAACAAGUCCCACUGGAGUUCACUCACAAAGCUACAUCAACCUACAUAACCAUCUCUCAAGGGAAUUUCUGCACUGCUUCCUCAAGAUUUAAGGCUUGCGUCCGGUAUGAUUCAAUCAAAGAUCACACUCUUUUUAGUAUCUAUAUUAUUAAAGUUGAAGUACAAAUUGGAGAUGUUUGGAAACAAGGAUAUUAGAAUAAAUGAGAUAUGUUUGGCAACAUGAAUAGUAGAGAUGUGUACUUUCUUUUAUUUACACAUUUGACCAUUGUAUUUUCAAUAAAUUAAUAAC